GUAUGGCCUUUGCUCUGCUCACCUCGGUGGCUCCAAUAUUCGGCCUCUACACGUCCUUCUUCCCUGUUGUUCUAUAUAUGAUAUUUGGCACAGGUCGCCACGUGUCUACAGGUACUUUUGCUGUAGUGAGUCUGAUGACAGGGUCAGUUGUGGAGCAGCUGGUUCCCACUCCUCUGGAGAUGAACUCCAGCUCACCCCAAGCAGCAGAUUUUGAGGCCCAGAGAAUUGGAGUGGCCUCUGCUGUAGCACUCCUCUCAGGAAUCAUUAUGCUCUGCAUGUUCGGUCUUCAGCUGGGCUUCCUCUCCACCUAUCUGUCAGAGCCAAUUGUUAAAGCCUUCACCAGUGCCGCUGCCUUCCAUGUUGCCAUCUCCCAGCUGCAAAGCAUGCUGGGUCUGCGGCUCCCUCGCCACACAGGGACCUUCUCACUCUUUAAGACUUUAGCAGUAGUGAUGGAGAACCUGCCUCACACCAACACAGCUGAGCUGCUCAUCUCUUUGGUGUGCUUGGCCAUCCUCGUUCCUGUUAAAGAGGUCAAUACACGCUACCGGCACCGCCUACGCACUCCUAUUCCUGCGGAGAUUCUCACGGUAAUUAUUGCUACUUUUGUGACAUACGCCUCAUCUCUGGACUCUUCUUACAACAUUGAGAUCGUCGGCCACAUCCCAGCUGGAUUUCCAAGGCCACAGCCACCUGCCUUCCACGUGUUCCCUGCCAUUGCUGGUGACACAAUCGCUAUAACGUUUGUUGGCUAUGCUGUGUCUGUCUCACUGGCAAUGAUUUACGCAGACAAACAUGGGUAUUCCAUACAUCCCAACCAGGAACUGCUGGCUCAUGGGAUCUCCAACACCGUCUCUUCCUUUUUUACUUGCUUCCCCAGCUCAGCCACGCUGGCCACCACCAACGUCCUCGAGAGCGCCGGGGGAUACACACAGCUCUCUGGCCUCUUCACCAGUCUAGUUGUUCUGAUCGUCCUGCUGCUGAUUGGACCACUGUUUUACUUCUUACCUAAGGCGGUCCUGGCAUGCAUCAAUGUUACCAGCCUCAGGCAAAUGUUCCUGCAGUUCCAAGACUUACCUGAGCUGUGGAGAAUCAGCAAGCUGGACUUUCUGGUUUGGGUUGUAACCUGGCUCUCCGUGGUGGUCCUCAAUGUAGACCUAGGCCUGGCUAUUGGAGUGGGUUUCUCGAUGAUGACUGUCAUCUGUCGCACACAAAGGGCUGAAUGCUCAGUGCUUGGACGAGCGAGCAACACAGAAAUAUACAGACCAGUGGAGAAUCACAACAAGUGUUAUGAAGUGCCCGGAGUGAAGAUCCUCACCUACAAUGGGCCCAUUUACUAUGGCAACCGCAGCUUCUUCAGGGAGAAGAUGAGCAAGUUGUUGGGCCUGACGCCAGAAAAGAUCCGCAGCAGAGAAAAGGCAAGGAAGGCUGUGGAGAGCCGGGACCAAGAAACCGCCGUCAGCACAGUGGAUAGUAGCAUCACAAACACAUCAUUUUCCUCAGAAAAUGAGUUCUUUAAAUCAGAAACCUCAGAGAGUGACGUCCAGGCUGUGCUGAUUGAUUGCAGCAGUGUGAUAUUUGUUGAUAUUGCUGGAGCAAGACUCUUCACUCAGAUGUGCACUGAGUGCCAGAAAAUUGGCGUUCAUGUGUAUUUGGCUAACUGCAAUGAAAGCGUCCUAAAGAUGCUGACAUCAAGCGGCCUGAUGAGCCACAUGAACCCUCAACAUAUUUUUGUCACAGUCCAUGACGCUGUGCUGUACAUUCAGCAACAGAAGGAAAAACCUCCAGAGCACACCACAACAGUUUGGGUAUGAAGCAGAAGGACGGGGAUGAAGCCACUCGCCUCAGCCAGGUGUCCGGAACAAAAACAGUUCAAGCACGUUUGGACUGAGAWAACGUCCAUCAUCGGACUACAAGUGGUGCAGUGUUUGGGGUCAGACUGGACUGAACACCAGUGUUUCAAAGAAAUGGCAGCAUGUUGUAGCACAUUUAAUUACAAUAACUUGUAAUUAACAACAACACUUCACAYGGUAAUUAAAAAAACAAUGUCUAAAAGCCUUCAUAAGCUUGCUCUCUCAUUUGUUUUUACUCAGCUGUUGUUUUAUAUUCAUAUUCUGUUUUUGGACAUUGAAAUAUUUAUUUAGUUUCUGCUUUGUUGUCGCUACAAAAUACAAAGGAAGUGCACUAAAUAGUUUAGUUGAAAYGCUUCAGUAUUUAUAGCUUUUGGAAGUUGAACUUGAAUAUGCCUCUGUGUACAAAACUGGAUUUUCAUAUUGAUUUUACUUGUUCAAUGCUGUAACCUGAGAUGUAAUAAAUGCUCUUUGUGCAGCAGCUGUGCCAUCCAGUGGCUUUAAGGAAUAAAGUUUUUCUUUAAACAAAAAACAAAUAAAUGAACCAGGAAAGCUUU